AUGACUCAAGACCUCGCCAGACAACAGAACUCGUCUCUGUGUUGCGAAUGGUUUCUGGGUACAGACUGUAUCAGGUUGCCGGACUCUCUCGCUGUCUCUGUGUGUGAGCUUUUGCUGUAAUGCGUAAAGAUCUGCGGGGAUUUAUUCAGACGGAGCCGAGAACGCACCGUGGGCGCACGUUUCAGCCAAAAUGCAUCUGUGCAUUGCUAAUGAUCUCGUACCAUAGAUGAUAUGCGUGCGUAAGGACGCUCUCACAACUCAUUCCAGGAUUAUAAACACUUAAAGAACAAACUUUGUCCAACUCAGUAUACAACUUUCCACAGAAUCAACAGGUGCGCACUUGCAUUGCGCUGCAGCGGCAGGUCUGGAGGCUUUGGAAGAGGAUUAGUCUUAAUUUGGAGAGAAAUUUUCAGUUUCUCCAGGACUGAUGAUUAAGAUUAUGUGGAUUCUACUCUGGUUUUAUCCUCUCCAAAUGUGUCCAAAACAGCACUGGUGCCCUGUAAACGACGCAUGUGUGUGGUGAUACAGACCAUCCCGUCUACAGCACUUUGUGAUCGCCAACCACCACUCAUCCAAAUGAUCCUUCCAUUCUUAUUCCUUCUUGCAUCGCUUCUCCAACAAUAUGGCUCGGAAGCUGAAUCAAGUCAUGCCAGCAAAUUUCACCUUCCAAGUAUAAAAGAGCAAAACGGAGUGCAAGAUUCCCAUCAGGAGAAGAUCAUAACAGUGUCUGGAGAGGGAAUGGUUCACAGCCCAGACUUCCCACACACUUAUCCCAGGAAUACUGCAUUGACCUGGAGACUAGUGGCACCCAGCAACAUGAAGAUCCAGCUCACCUUUGAUGAGAGAUUUGGUCUGGAGGACCCAGAAGAUGGCAUAUGCAAGUACGACUUUGUGGAGAUAGAAGAUCUGCCUGAGAAGGCCAUCCUGGGUCGUUGGUGUGGGUCACAGUCGGUACCAACUAGCCGCACUUCCGAGGGCAAUCAGAUCAGGAUCCGUUUCGUCUCUGAUGAGUAUUUUCCCUCUGAGCCGGGAUUCUGCAUCCGUUACUCCCUCCUGCCUGUGACUGUAUCAGAACCCGAAGUUCCUGCAGUUCCCCCUCCAUCCCUGCAGGGUAUUGAGGAGCUGUCAGAUGCAGUGGCAGGGCUGAGCACUGUGGAAGAGGUCAUGAAGUACCUGGAGCCAGAGCGAUGGCAGCUAGAUAUGGAAGAGUUGUACAAACCUACGUGGCACGUGCUGGGGAAAUCCUUUAUCCAUAAUAAGAAAGCCAGAGGAGGGGCUGAUCUCAAUCUGUUGAGAGAGGAAGUUCGACUGUACAGCUGCACUCCACGCAACUUCUCCGUAUCCUUGCGUGAGGAGCUGAAGAGGACAGAUGCCAUUUUCUGGCCCAGCUGCCUCCUGGUGAAGCGCUGCGGUGGAAACUGUGCCUGCUGCUCUCACCGCUGCUACGACUGUCAGUGUGUUCCCGCCAGAGUCACGAAGAAAUACCAUGAGGUUCUGCUGUUGAAACAUCGAGGCGGUGGAAGAGGCCUGCAGAAGUCCAUGACGGAUGUGCCCUUGGAGCACCACGAGGAGUGUGCCUGUGUGUGUAAAGAUGACUGGGACUGACCUCAGACAUGUGUAACAGCUGCCACUGGAAUCACACAGGAUGUUAAAAACGAACCUCUGCCACUGUUGCAACGUUCUGUAUCUCAUCCACUUCCGCCUCGGAGCUAACAAGAUUUUCCCUUUAUCCUAUUGUCCUUUCACUAAUUGGAUGGAGCAGAACAGACUGGAAUCUAAUAAAACUUCUGAAUGGAUUUGACUGCUGUGGAAUACCAAUAGUUUGCUCUGAGUGCAUUUUAGAGAGACAAAAAUUCACUGGAGCAGAUCUGGACUAUUACCUAUGUCCUCUGAAGACUAUUUUCUUCAUCUCCUCAGCGAUAGGAGCAUUGAGGCAUUUUUGCCUCCUCUCCUUAAGGUCUUUUUUAAAGUUCAGCCAGCGCUGGCUGAUAGUGUCAUGGAAAAUGGGAGCUUCUUUGUUCAAAUACUUUUUUUUAUGUCUAUAAGUGAGCUGGCUCCAGCUGCCUUAGUCCCUCUGCUCCUCUAUUAUUACCAUCAAGGCAUAGGAAGGUGCUUUUUAAUGAGCAGUUUUCCCUUGCUCUGGCUUUACCACAGAUUAAAUCUGCGGUAAAACGCAGCCUCAGUGUCGCUGAAACGCCUCCCUAAUGAGACUGUAUUAUGUGUAAAUAUAUAUUUCAUUUACAUUUCUUUUCUUUACCGUUGUGCCUUUUCUACCAAAGAUUCUCAAGGAGAAGAUAAAAGUUGCACAUGUAGAACCAGCUGGGUGUUGUGCAUUACAACUCUUCAUUCGGCCCACCUUAGCAAUACUAGUGUCAAAUCUGCUUGCUUCAUGAAUGCCUAGUGUCAAGCAAUUCUUGCUUCAUUUGAAAUUGUUCAUGUUAGAUAUUUAUUUGUGUAAUGAAAGGGAAAUUUUGGUCCAACGCCUUUUUUGCAACAUGUGUCACUGUGUAGUAUUAGCCUGCAUUUUCACUGUUAGUCAUUUAACAUUUUCAUUGUGUCGUGGAUGUUUUCCAUUUUCUGUAUGCCAAAGUUAUUUAUCUCUACUUUUGCAACAACUGUUUGUGUAUUUCAUUGUACUGAACAUCGAAAAUAAAUU